GAUAACGGCAGCCCACACAGACGAAGCAGCCACAGGAGGAAAGGGACAGCAUGAGUCAGGCAGAUAACAGGCAGCGAAAAUGCUUUAAUGCUGUGAGAGGAGUCAGCCCACAGUAGGACGCAUUGUCUCAUGUCGUUAACUCCUCAGGACAUGUAAGAUCUCAUUACCUGCUGCGUGAUGGCCACUUCCUCCUUUAUAAGGGCUCAGUGUGAUAGGAACAGAUCACUUGGUGACAUUCUGUAUGAGGCUCUGGCAGAUCUGACGCGUGAUGACUUCAAACGGUUUAGGGACAAGUUGUCUGAUUUCACCUAUGGAGGGCGAGGCUCCAUCCCAUGUGGGCGCCUGGAAAUGGCUGAUUAUGUUACCACAAAAAAAGUUCUAAUAGAUGCUUACGGAGAGGAAGCAGCACUAGCUGUGACCAAGCAGGUCCUCCAACUGAUCGGCCUUAUGGGACCAGCAGAGAAUUUUCAGCAUACUGUGACACAACAUGUUAACUUAGAGAGGACAUUCACAAAUGAAUCAUUGGAAGGCUACAGGAUAAGAUAUGCAGAUGACAUCAGAGAGAAAUAUGAAGUUAUUGAAGAUCAUAAUGCAAGGUUAGGAGAAUAUAUCCAACUGGAGAAGAGAUACGUAACACUUUCACUGAUCGAGAAUUAUCGGGAUGAAGAACAGAGACAACAUGAAAUAACAUCUUUAGGCCACAGGCAUCUACAGAUUAUGGAAGACAGAUCAUCAGAUGAGUAUUCCCCAACCGCUAUACAGGCUCUGUUUGAUCCUGAUGUUGGUGGAAUCAUUCCAAAGACUGUGGUGUUACAGGGACCUGCUGGGAUAGGAAAGACUAUGACAUCCCAGAAGAUCAUGCUGGACUGGGCCUCUGGGAAUCUGUAUAAGGACAAGUUUCAGUUUGUGUUCUACAUAAGCUGUAGAGAAGUCAACACCAUCACUGGUAAUAUAAGCCUGGCUGGAUAUUUAUCCAACUACUGUCUACUGAAAUGUCCACCUGAUCUGUUGCGAGAAAUCUUCCUUCACUCUGAAGAAAUACUUUUUAUUGUUGAUGGUUUUGAUGAAUUAAAAUGGUCACCAAUGAGUGAUAGAGAGGUUUGUGAUGACCCGUUUCAGGAGGUCUCUAAAGAAAUCCUUCUAAAUAGUUUAUUCAGAAAAGAAAUUCUCAGAAAAAAUUCCCUAAUCAUCACCACACGACCAUUAUUAUUAAUGACAUUGAAGAACUUUUCAAAAUGUACUCGAUAUGUGGAAAUUCUGGGGUUUACAGGGAAUCAGCGUGAGGAAUAUUUCUAUCAUUUCUAUCGAACCAAAGAACAAGCAGAGCUAGCUCUUAGUACAAUAAAGAACAAUGACUAUCUGUUCACCAUGUGUGUAGUUCCUGUAAUUUGCUGGAUUGUAUGUACUCUAAUAAAACCACUACUAAAAGAUGGAUUAUCUGUGAUUGAUUGCAACACGGCCACAUCCAUUUAUCUGAUGUACCUAAAGGGUUUAAUAAAGUAUCAUGGAAGGGACUCUGCCCAGACUAUAAGCACAUGUAUACAGAAGCUGUGUGCUUUGGCCAAUGAAGGAGUCUGGGACCAGAGAAUUCUAUUUGAAGAAUCAGAUCUUGUAAGACAUGGACUCUCUGUGUCAGAGCUGGAGUCUGUGUUUCUGAAUGAGAACAUCUUCCACAGAGAUGUUGGGACCUGCACCUGCUACAGCUUCAUCCAUCUGAGUGUGCAGGAGUUCUUUGCUGCUCUCUACUAUGUCCUGGAUGAGAAACAUAUAAAAGAACAUUCUAUUGACUUAAAAAUGAAGAAAGUAAAACAUUUACUGAAGGCAACAGAAGAUCAGCCACAUCUAAAAUUAACUGUGCGAUUCUUGUUCGGCCUUUCAAACGAAAAACAUUUUCAGGAGACUCAGAGAGUCAUUGUGUGUCCCAUUUCCUUCAGUGAAGAAUCGGCAUUGGAAGAAUGGCUGAAGAGACAUCCAUCAGAUAACCAUAAUGAGAGACUAUGCUGCCUGUAUGAGACACAGGAUGAUGAAUAUGUGGAGAGAAUGAUGUCUCACUUUCCAAGUGUGCAAAUUAAAGGUCUUGAUGAUGCAAAAGAGACUGAGGAGAACAUUGAUUACAGAGCUGUAGCCUACUGCUUGGAGAGAAGUACAAUACAACAUAUUGUGACUUUUCAAGUCUACACAAUAGGACCAAAGGCUCGGAGUGUUCUAUCUAAAGCACUUUCUGCAUGUUCACAACUUCGAUUUGUGUUUUGUGACUUUCCUCUAACAGAAGAACAAAGAUAUGGUGGUGAAGGCAGUUUAUCUGGGUUGUUUAAACAGUGUCAGAUGAAGGAACUAGAGUUCUCGGGCUGUGGUCUGAACUCCUCCUGCUGUGAUGAUCUCCGCUCUGUUAUUACUACAAACCGCUCUCUGACCAGACUGGACCUGUCUUGGAAUGCUCUGGAGGACCCUGGAAUAAAACUUCUGUGUGAGGAACUGAGACAUCCAGACUGUACCCUACAAGAACUCAGGUUACAGGGCUGUGAGCUGACCUCCUCCUGCUGUGAUGAUCUCUGCUCUGUUAUUACUACAAACCGCUCUCUGACCAGACUGGACCUGUCAUACAAUGCUCUGGAGGACUCUGGAAUAAAACUUCUGUGUGAGGGACUGAGACAUCCAGCCUGUGUCCUACAGGAUCUUAGGUUACUGGGCUGUGAUCUGACCUCCUCCUGCUGUGAUGACCUCCGCUCUGUUAUUACUACACUCCGCUCUCUGACCAGACUGGACCUAUCGUACAAUGGUCUGGAGGACUCUGGAAUAUACCUUCUGUGUGAGGGACUGAGACACCCGGCCUGUGCCCUGCAGGAACUUAGGUUACAGGGCUGUGGUCUGACCUCCUCCUGCUGUGAUGAUCUCCUCUCUGUUAUUACUACAAACCGCUCUCUGACCAGACUGGACCUGUCAGUGAAUGCUCUGGAGGACUCUGGAAUUAAACUUCUGUGUAAGGGACUGACACAUCCAGCCUGUACCCUGCAGGAUCUUUGUUUGUAUGACUGUGAUCUGACCUCCUCCUGCUGUGAUGAUCUCCGCUCUGUUAUUACUACAAACCGCUCUCUGUCCAGACUGGAGCUACCAGCGAAUGAUCUGGGCGACUCUGGAAUAAAACUUCUGUGUGAGGGACUGAGGCACCCAGACUGUACCCUGCAGGAACUUAGUUUAUGGUGCUGUGGUGUAACCUCCUCCUGCUGUGAUGACCUCUGCUCUGUUAUUACCACAAACCGGUCACUGACCAAACUGGACCUGAACUAUAACUUUAUCCAGGACUGUAAAGCAAAACUUCAGGAGUGUGUGAGGCCCCCUCUGGAGCUUCUGGUGCGUUAUCCAAAAGCAAAGCAUGAGACAUCUAUGGAACCAAAUAUCUUUGAAUUGGGACUGCAGUUCUGCCAACCAGGAGAAGGUGACCGGCCCUCAUGUUUAGAAAGACUCAAGAGAGAAAGCAGGAGAGCAUCAAUGCAAACCGUCAAUAUAGUACAUGGGAUACAGAAAUCUUGCAUCUCUCAAUGAGAAAAAGACAGAAGCUGGAUGAGGUGUCCUCUACAAACUGCUACUCACCUGCAUGGAAAGCUCUCUGAUUGAGCUGUCAAGCAAGGCAACUGGAGAAUGUCCCAAGAUGGAAUACAUAUGUAUUACUGGUGGACAGGACGCCGGCUGUCACUAUCUCGACAGCGGCAUCCCGACCGCCAGAAUACCGGCAGCAGGAUGAAUCCGGUUGUUGGCAUUGCCGGCUGUCGGGAUUUCAGCGUCGGUGUCCUGAAAGCCGGGAUCCCGACAGCCGGCAUUUUAACUGCAUCCCCCCAAGACAAGGCUUCUCCACCAUUAAAGACUACUUCUUCCUUUCUAUUAAAGAUGUUGUAAAGAAAACAAGUAUGCUUUAGAUAUUGAUGAAAUGAGACAUUUAACAUGAAAUAAAUGUGGAUUGUAUGUCAGUUUAUUUAUGUGGAAGUCAGCAUAUUUUUUAUUUUUGUAUAGCUACAGUUUACAGUUACUAUUAUUCUUUUUUCUAUAUGCACGAACCAGUGGUGGCUCCAGAGCUGGUUCUGCAACACAAUCCAAAAUUCAAAUAGGGGAGCCACACCGACUGCCACCCCAAGCACUGCCAAACAUCGCUGGCCGGUACUCACUGGCAGUUGGUGUGACUCCCUAUUUCAAUUUUGGAAUGUGAUGCACCCCACCGCUGGAGCCACCACUGGUAUGAACUACUCGUAGUUAUAGAUUUUCCAUUAUACAAUAUUACAAUUAUACCUC